CGCGGGAGGCGGGACUUCCGGCGCGGGCGCGGAUCGCAGGGAGCGCGCCAUGGCGUCGGCCUAGGCCGCCCGGGGAGCGCGGGGCCGCGGGCCGCAGCUGAGCGCGGGGCGGGUCCCCCGGGCCGCAGGUAUUGAAUAAAUAUGCUGUUGUCAAUAGGAAUGCUGAUGUUGUCUGCCACUCAGAUAUACACUAUUGUGACUGUACAGUUAUUUGCCUUCCUGAAUCUUUUACCUGUGGAGGCAGACAUUUUAGCAUAUAACCUUGAAAAUGGAACCCGGACUUUUGAUGAUUUACCUGCUAGAUUUGGCUAUAGACUGCCAGCAGAAGGCUUGAAGGGAUUUCUGAUAAAUUCCAAACCAGAGAAUGCAUGUGAGCCUAUAGCCCCACCUCCACUGAGAGACAACUCCUCUGGUGCUUUUAUUGUGUUAAUCCGAAGGCUGGAGUGCAACUUUGAUGUCAAGGUCUUAAAUGCCCAGAGAGCUGGAUACAAGGCAGCUAUAGUUCACAAUGUUGAUUCUGAUGACCUCAUAAGCAUGGGAUCCAACGACAUUGAGGUUUUAAAGAAGAUUGACAUUCCUUCUGUCUUUAUUGGUGAGAUGUCAGCUAAUUCGCUUAAGGAGGAGUUUACUUAUGAAAAAGGUGGCCAUGUUGUGUUAAUCCCAGAGUUCAGUCUUCCUUUGGAAUACUACUUAAUUCCUUUCCUAAUAAUAGUAGGGAUCUGUCUUAUUCUCAUCGUCAUAUUUAUGAUAACAAAAUUUGUUCAGGACAGACACAGAGCAAGAAGGAAUCGGCUUAGGAAGGAUCAGCUUAAGAAACUUCCCAUACAUAAGUUUAAGAAAGGAGAUGAAUACGAUGUGUGUGCCAUCUGUCUGGAUGAAUAUGAGGAUGGAGACAAGCUCAGGAUCCUUCCAUGCUCUCAUGCAUAUCACUGCAAGUGUGUGGAUCCGUGGCUGACAAAAACAAAGAAAACCUGUCCUGUGUGUAAGCAGAAAGUGGUCCCUUCCCAGGGGGACUCUGACUCGGAGACAGACAGCAGCCAAGAGGAGAAUGAAGUGUCUGAGAACACUCCUCUGCUCAGACCUUUGGCCUCGGUCAGCACACAGUCUUUCGGGGCUCUGUCAGAGUCCCAUUCCCAUCAGAACAUGACCGAGUCCUCGGAGUAUGAGGAGGAUGACAAUGACAAUGUUGAUAGCAGUGAUGCGGAAAAUGGGAUCAAUGAAGAAAGUGUAGUGGUUCAGCUGCAGCCCAGUGAGGACAGGGAGUACAGAGUGGCAAACACUGUCUGAGACUACUAAUGACCCAUAGGUGUAUGAACAAAAGGGUUCUUAAGGCUAUUUACAAACCUUUGCAUAGGGAAUCUGUUUUAAUCUGUAAUCCAUUUGGUUUGUUUGAUAGGCACAGCAGUUCAUGUAGUAGUACUCUGGUUAAAUCAUUACAGGUAGAUUUAUUUUUGAUUCAGGUAUUAAGUCACACAUUCUGUUCUCUCAAAACCAACAGUUAAACUGGACUUCACUAUGCUAAUGAAUAAUGAGAAUAGUUUGUAUCAAUAGAAAUACUGCAGAAAUGCUAAAUGUCCCUUGUUGAAACGGGAUUUCUCUGGAAGUACUUUUAUUUCCAUUUUGUAGCUACAACUGGGUCAUCCUGAGAGCAAUAUUUAUUACAUGUAGAUAUGUGUUACCCCUGAGGCCCAACAAAAACUGUAUUUGCAUGUUUGUAUAGUUUUCCUAAAAAUUGUCACCACUGCUGAACAGAAAAUGUAGAACAGAUCAAUAUUCUAUGUGCUGGUAUGUCAUAACAAAGCAGAAGAAAUUCCACUUUUAUUUCAAAGCAGUGAUUCUAAAUAAUCCUUUGGAGUUUGCCAUGGUAGCUGAGUUUAAGCAGUUCCAUUGAGCAAUUCCCAGGAUAAGGAAACUUAAUCUGUGUUUAGUUUUGAGAAAUUCACAAGGUCAGGUCCACCAAAAGCACACUAAUUAUCCCUCCUUGCUACUGCUUGGUCGUCUGGUUUCCAGUGAGGAGGUGGGAGUUGGGAGACAACUGAGACAGAGGUUUUGUUCCACACAGAAAAAGAAGUUUAGGGUAAGUAUUCUAUUGAUCCUUGGCUCAUAUACCUCUUACUAAGAGCAUUUUAUGCUGCAUUAGUCUGCUAAACUGUAUAUAAAAAAUUGUUCUUUUCAAAUACCUGAUUUGAAAACAAGUGCUUACACCUGUCUCACAGAACUCAGUACUUACCAGUGUAUCACAAAAGAAGGUAGAUUCUAUAUAAUACCUCUGUAACUAUGUAGAAAGUAAAACCAUGCAUAUACUCAAAUGGAGAUUUUUUAUAUGGCCUUGACUAAGGAAAGCUUGAAAGAAUGUUAAUAAACAUGUUUUCCACUUUAAAUAUUGAAAGGAGUUUAUUGAACUUCUGCAUCACCUGAGACCUUGAGUAGUUGCCUCUGUUACUGAGGGUGAAGGUGCAGAACAUGGGAUCCCGAGCAGAUGUUUCCUGUGUCAUCCUGUCAGUCACAGUACAAGGAGUUGCACUGACAGGUGCAGGGAUCUGAGCUAUGCAGAAAACCUUCAUUUUUGUUCACUUCUAGCUUGAGGAGUUUGGACUGGAGGAGUCUGUAGUUUGCCUGGGGAGUAUGAAGGAGGACUAGGAUGCUCUGAACAAUUCCUACCCAGCUGGCAGCACCUGCAGAGCCACAGCCCAGUGCUGGAACCCUGGACAGGCAAUGGCAGGUGAGGUGCUCCCAGAUGUGACUGGGACCUACCACUAUGCAGCCACACACCCUGCAGUGCAGAUCUGUUUUCUGGGCCUAGCUGAGAGCAGGGAAAGUUUAUUUUGCACAGUGAGGCACAGUAGAAGGAUAAUAAUGAAAGGGUGAUUCAUGUCCAAACCACUGCUGCCAGCAGCCAUGGGGUAAUGACUGUGAUAGUGGUAUAUUUUCACCAGGCAAAAUUCCCCGUCAGCGUGGUUAUGUCUAGGUGAGUCCAAAAGGGAAAAUGGUUUCUAAAAAUGUAAUUACUAAGCUGAAAGAUGUUUCUUAAAAUAGGUCCCUGCUCUUGCUGUGAGUGUGCAUGUUUAUUCAUUAUUGUAUUCCAGGCUCUCUAAACUCUGAAGAAUUCCAGAACCCUGAACUGACCUAAACUUUGUAGUAUGCUCUCAUGUAAUUGUAGUGCCUGCAAUCAGCUGCAGACACAGUUAUGCUAGGAAAAUUCACCAACACAUGCAUUUGAAAAAGUAAUUUGAACAACACCUAAUUCUUAACCAAGGAGAAUUAUACAUACACCUCAAGAAAGGGGCAUUGGUCAUUGAUGACAAGAACCUGAUGUGUGCUACCAGCAGCUGCUCUGCCUCUGAGGUGCUGCUACAGUCAAUUCCAUCCAGUCUGGCCUUACCACAGAAGCAGCUUUGGGAAUACAAUGCCCUCAUCUUCCUAGCCAGGGAGAAACGAAGUUCUGCAGUCAGAAGGUGAGUCCAACUUUGCGUUCAGACACUGAGGACAGCUUCAGCUGUGUUUUAUGGGGGAAGCAGAUUUGCAUCCUCUGUACCAGUUACUAUUGAACAAGAAUUUUCUGUGUGCUCUGGGUGUGUUGGUCUGCUCUAACUUUGGCACUGGACACGGAGCCACGUGGCAGUGGGAGAAUAUGAGCACUAUAUAUAGGAAAGUUUAAGUUAGACCCAGCUCUAGUGCCAAGCAGAGGAGCAGGUGCAGCUGACACCAAUGAUGAAGGUGUGGGGGAAGGAGGGGAGAACAAAGGUGUUUCCAGGUCCUGUUCAGAAGCACCUGACUAGUUUCACAGCCCAGGAAGAAAGAGUCUACAGAUUCAUGUCCCAUGAUCUGGGCUCAGCUGUCCUCCCAUCCCUCAAGCUCCAGGGUUCAUCACAUCCCUUUGGGCCUGUGUUCUUAGGAGCUCUCAGCGGAUGUAACACACAUAGGUGCAAUCCUUUAAAGUAAUGGAAACCUUCUCUGGGUGAGGGAGGCACAUUCCCACCCUGGCUGUACUGACCUGGGCAGGCCACCACAGGCUCCUUUGCCAGCUCCAAAGCGAAGUCACCUUCAGCUUGUUUCAGGAAUGGUAUAUUGGGCACUCAGAGGGCAGGAGAACCCUGCACCAGAGAGCUGGAUAAACAUGGAAUUAGGAGAUGACAAAUCAUCUCCUAAUUUAAGAUCUACCCCAAAGACUGCCUGGCUUUUGACUGAAGUCACAUUAUCACACUAACCAUAUCAUACUACUGCUGUCCUGCAAAACUUAAAACUACCUGGACCUCCUGGCCAGCCAGGCACUGAAGGGCCUCACUCUGAUUUCCUGGGUGUAGGGCAAAGAAUUACCAACAGUCUGGUUUUGUUUGGUUGGAAUAAAUUUAUUUCAUCUGUCUGUAAACAAGGUGUUUUUAAUAGUUAUGGCAUUUUUUGAAAUGCAUAUUAAAUCAGAUGAGUUAGACUGUAUCCCAGAUGUAACAAAGUGCAGGGAAAGAAAUGGACAAAUCAGCAACAAGAAUUUGUUUAAAUCUGUACAUUAUCCACAAGGCCCAACAAUAGAAGCAAAUACUAGAAUGUCCCUAAGGUAGUGCCAGUCAAAAGAAACCCUCGGAGUCAGUUAAAAUCCAUCUCACAAUAGCAACAGUUCAUUUUUUUUUUUUUUUUAACAAUAGUAUGGCACAGAAUACAUAUUAAAAAAUUCAUCACAAGACAGCCAAGUCAGUUAUUCCAACCACUACCAUCUCCCAUUUAUUCUUUAGUAUACAGAGUUCUGCAGUUCUUGCAAUGGACAUACAGGUCAGAACCGUGCCUGAACUGAGUUUGGUUACAGACAUUUCAGAUGACUCGUGCACAAGGCAGCUCACUCCAUCAUUUCUGCAGCAAGGGUGUGACAGGCCAGAUGAAGAUUUUUAAAUUUGAAAUGGUAUUUUGACAGUUUAGCUUACAAACUACCAACCUUCAUCCAAACAGUAGCUUCAGAGCAGCCAAACUCUGCACCACUGAAUGAUCUGGCAGAAAGACUGAAGCCAGUCAGAGCUCCCAGGGUAGCUGAAGGUGGCAGUUUUCCACAAUGACAUUGCAGUUUCAUAUUAAAAAACAAAAACACUCCCCACCCCCCGACCCCCAAGCUGCAAAUUAAAAUUGGUCCUAUGAGAAA